GUAGCCGGCCGGGGGGCGGGGCCCGCUGGUUGCCCGGUAACCGCGCAUGUCUGCGCUCGGGACAAAACUCUCGGCGUUUGCAGCCCGCUUCCCGCGCACCUGGUUGUGCCAUUGAGGCUUAAAAAGUAUGGGUGCCUGUGGUCGAACCGGCCAUGGACUAGCUUUGUGGUGUUAGCCUUUGUGACCCGGAAUUGCUCCUCUCAAAUGACCUUCCCAGUAGGGUCUUGCGAGGACUAGGUGUAAAUAUAAUGCCUGACCAUAGUAAAAGCGCUCAGAAAGUAUUAACUGUCACCGCCAUCCGGGUUGAAAAAGUAUUAAAGGUGGAAGAAGGCCUAUAUCUUUUUCUGUGGGUGCUUCAAGUGUUGUUGGAAGUGGAGGCGACAGUGACAAGGGGAAGCUUUCCCUGCAGGAUGUAGCUGAGCUGAUUCGGGCCAGAGCCUGCCAGAGGGUGGUGGCCAUGGUGGGAGCCGGCAUCAGCACACCCAGUGGCAUUCCAGACUUCAGAUCUCCGGGGAGUGGCCUGUACAGCAACCUCCAGCAGUACGAUCUCCCGUACCCCGAGGCCAUUUUCGAACUCCCAUUCUUCUUUCACAACCCCAAGCCCUUUUUCACUUUGGCCAAGGAGCUGUACCCUGGAAACUAUAAGCCCAACAUCACUCACUACUUCCUCCGGCUGCUUCAUGACAAGGGGCUGCUUCUGCGGCUCUACACGCAGAACAUCGACGGGCUUGAGCGAGUGUCGGGCAUCCCUGCCUCAAAGCUGGUUGAAGCUCAUGGAACCUUUGCCUCUGCCACCUGCACAGUCUGCCGAAGACCCUUCCCAGGGGAGGACUUUCGGGCUGACGUGAUGGCAGACAGGGUUCCCCGCUGCCCGGUCUGCACCGGCGUUGUGAAGCCCGACAUUGUGUUCUUUGGGGAGCCGCUGCCCCAGAGGUUCCUGCUGCACGUGGUUGAUUUCCCCAUGGCAGAUCUGCUGCUCAUCCUCGGGACCUCCCUGGAGGUGGAGCCUUUUGCCAGCUUGACCGAGGCCGUGCGGAGCUCUGUUCCCCGACUGCUCAUCAACCGGGACUUGGUGGGACCCUUGGCGUGGCGUCCUCGCGGCAGGGACGUGGCCCAGCUGGGGGAUGUGGUUCACAGCGUGGAAAGGCUAGUGGAGCUUCUGGGCUGGACAGAAGAGAUGCGGGACCUCGUCCGGCGGGAAACUGGGAAGCUUAAUGGACCAGAAAAAUAGGAUGAUGGCUGCCCCCACACAAUAAAUGGUGACAUAGGAGACAUCCACAUCCCAAUUCUGACAAGACCUCAUGGCUAAUUUUGGUGAAACCAGAAUAUGUGAACUGAGUGGACACCGGAGGCUGCCACUGGAAUGUCUUCUCAGGCCGUGAGCUGUGCUGCGCUGACUGGUAGGGCUGUGUUUACGUUCAGGGCCACCCCGUCACAUGUACAAAGGAGCUGCCUGCCUGCCUGUUUGCUGUGUUGAACUCUUCACUCUGCUGAAGCUCUUAGUGGAAAAAGCUUUCUUCUGUGACCCUCUUGAACUGAACGGACCGACUGGAAUCGCAGACCGAGUUUGCUUUCUGUGCCCAGGUGAAGGGCAAGCUCAGCAUCUGUUGGUUAGAAGAUCCAGACUUGGGCCGAGCAGCCCCCAGCCCUCUUCAUGUCCCAAAGUGUAGUCCUGAGGCCCUGGUGCUGCACUUCUAGCAUGUUGGUCUCCUUUAGUAGGGCUAUUUUUAAUGAGAGAAAAUCUGUUCUUUAUUUCCAGCAUGAAAUACAUUUCAUCUCCUCAAAAGGA